AUGUCGACGCAGCGAAAGACUUUCAAGAACCAACUGAAAAGGUUCAGCAGUAAUAAUAAUAACAACAACAAUAGCAGCAACGGCACAACCCCCGAGCUAACUAGCUUGGCGGAGAUGUUCCCGGACUGGGAAUCCGACGAGUUGAACUCGUUGUUGGUUGAAAAUAACAACGCGCUCGAGAUUGUGAUUGACUUGAUUGUGAACAACAAGGUAUCCAAGUGGGAACCCAUCAAGAAGGAGAAAAAGAAGAAGGAUGCCAAAGAGGAGGAUGCCGCUGCCAAUAGCACUGCAUCUGGACACACGCUGGGCAAGACAUUCAACAAGUCAUCCAAAUCUGCUUCUUCGUCUUCGUCUUCUUCGUCCAAGCCUGCUAGAAAACACAAUGCUUCGUCUAAAAGACAACUAAAGGCAGCAGCAGCAGCAGCAACACCGGAAAAGCCCGCGGCUGGAGCAACGAGCGAAGAGAGCAAGGAGAAAGAUGCUGGCUCUACUAAUUCCUGGGCAUCGGCUUUGGGUGAUGAAAAACCAAAAACGACCAAAAACAAGGUUGACAAAGAGGAGAAUGCUCAAGAACAACCAGUAGAGGCUAAAGAGCCCGCUCAGGAGACCGAAGUUGCCGCCAAGGUGGAACCAGAAGCUGCAUCAAACAAGGAGGCACCUCCUCAAGAAUACCUCAAACCUGUAUUAAAAGAAGCCACGAUUCCAGCGUUGCAACAAGGUUCUUGGGCAUCUGCAAUUACUCCCAAAACCAAGCCCAAGCCCAAGCAACAAGCCAAACCACAGCCACAGCCACAGCCCCUCACCAAAAUACAGGAGAGCCGGCCUCAAAAGGAGGAAGUUGAUGUCGCAGCGCCUGUCGAGGAAGCAGAAUCGAUACCUGAACCAGAAUCGGCGAUUCCCGAGUCAUAUCACUCCUCAGUUCCAGUGCCUCAAGAGUCUUACGAGCAACCCGUGCCAGCCACGGCUGAAUCUGUUGCUGCUACAAUUGAUGUCAAUUCUCAACCUACAGCCCCACAAGUUGUUUUGCCUUCUUCACAACAGAGAGUCGGCUCGGUUGGCAUCAGUUUUGGAUCCUUGUCUUUAGAAGAAGACCCAAAAGAAGCUCAAGGUGAUUUGAGCGAGCAGAUUUCAGAGGCUCAGCAAUCAGAACACGUUCAACAACAACAGCAACAACAACAACAACAACAACAACAACAACAGCAUCAAGCACAGCAACAAGCACAGCAACAGCAUCAACAGCAUCAACUGGAAUUGGCGCAACAGCCACAACGUUAUGGAUCGUACAACGAGCAAGCUCCUCAAGCAAGCUUGCAACAAUCCAGCAGCUUCCAGCAACAUCAACAGCAAGGCCAGUUUGCUAAACAGGCUCCUCAAACUGCAUCUCAGCAAGCUGCCCCAGCUCAACAACAACAACCACAACCACAACCACAACAACAGCCACAACAACAACCACAACAACAGCAGCAACAAUAUGACUAUUACAACCAGUUCCAGCAGCAGCAAUAUCCUCAGCAAGGGGCUCAGCCAGGUGCGCAAUAUGGCGCUUAUCCAGGCUACGACUACAGUGCUUUCAACCAGCAAGCAUAUGGCGCUUCGCCUGCAGCUACACACGCUAGCACCACCUCGGGAGCUGCUUCAGGAUACAACCAGUACGGCCAACAAGCUGUGAAUGGAUCGGAAUCUACGCAAAGCCCAGUGACCAACCAAAGCGCAUUGCAGCAACAAGCCGCCGCCGCUUUGGCACAACAGCAGCAACUGCAACUGAUCCCCACUCCAUUUGGUUAUCCUUACUACUACAACUACUACAACAAUCCUUACUUUGGUGCCGCCGGUGGUUUGGGAAACAACGGGUUUGCUUCGGGAUCAGGUUCUGUUGGGCAACAAAGCCAACAGGGCGCACACCAGCCAAGUGUCCCAGCAUCCAGCCAGCAAUCCUCGGUGUCAUCAAAUGGGUUUGGAGUGCAACAACAGUACUAUAACCCAAACCAAUAUGCAAACAGGUACCCAGGCUACUCCUACCCUCCUCAGCCACAGCAGCCCACACAACAAGUGCCAGGCCAACAUGUUGGCCAAUCCACCACUGGAUCUGAGAGUGAGGCAUCACAGCAAAGCCAAGGCCAGCAAUCCCAGCCACAACCGGGAGCCCACCAACAACCCAUGGUUCCUCAAUACGGUGGAUACCAACAAUAUCCACAGUACGGCUACCAAGACUCGACUCAAUACCGCGGUAACUGGUAUUAG